AUGAAUGGUUCCAGGUACAUUGAGACUCUUGAAAAGCACAUUUUGUCUUUUCUUAGCAGUCAUCUAGUUCCAGAAAUUUGCACGUAUAUCUUCCAAGACAAUUCCCUAGGACACAAGGCCAAGAAUAUCUGGGCUCACAUCAAGGACAAAGUACGCUCUUCAAAAUUCCAAGCUCAAAGCUUGAAGGAGCUGAAGGAGUUGGUCCAGAAAGAGUGGGAUGCUACUGACUUAAACAUAUGUCAGACUUAUUGUUUAAACAUGGAGAACUGCUUGAUUAUCUGUGAGAAUUAG